AUGCCAUCAUCCCAACGCCACAGUCCCAAGCCAUGCCGCCCUCGACACAUGCAGGGCACCGCGCGGGGUUGCGCUGGUCUGCCCGACGCGUCGUCAAACCUCCCUCGCUCUGAUCGACCAAACGGCAGCGUGCUCCAGGCCCAAACUCUAUUUUCUCCCGCCAACCUUCUUCGCGGCGCACUUGCUUGCCCUCGAUCAAUAGACCCAUUCUUGUCCUCGACAGAGUUUUUGCCCACCCUGACCCAAAUUGGGCCGACGCUUUUUCUCUCUGUAUGUGUGUGUGCGCCCUCUGCCUUUGGGGGAAAGAGUGUCUGCGUCCGCACUCCAAAUGUAGCAGUUCCCCUCUUGCAUGGCCCUGUGCGCCCUGUCAUUCUACAGACCCUGACUGUCAACCCACUGAAAAUGUCCCAAGCGUCCUGCAACCAAGUCGUCGCCUUGCUGGGCGACCUGUUGCCGUCAACCGCCAGCAGGAUUUGCUCCGGGACCCCCAUUCUUCCAGAACACUUCUCCCGUGCUAUCCUCGUGUUACAGCCCAUGCAAAUAGAUUGGCGGCCCACCCCUAAUCCUGCCUCAUGUCCAUAG